GGGACCUCUGAGUAGUAUUUCAAGUCAGGACCCUGCGGGUCGCGAUUCUUUACGUGACUUACAGUCAGUCCUGUAGACCCUUAUACCCUCCAAACGGGCCUUUGAUCGUCGGUUCCGGUGUGCUGUUCAAAAGUGCUGUUCAAAAAUUGAAGAAUGAUAUACAUUUAAUCUUAGGUGUUUUUAGUUCAUCCUUUGCACGCAUUAGCAGUUAAAAAAAUUCGACAGACAGAUGCAAAUAUUUCACCACCUUGCUAAUAAUUAUUGAUGCUUUGAAUGGUCAUUCUUUCCGCAUGUCAAUUUACAAAAUUGUAAGAUAAACGGCCUAGACUGCUUAGCAUGCGCGCGGGUUGAUCGAGUAAAACAUUUUGAAACGCCUUCUGUUUCAUACGCAAGCGCGCGGGUUGAUCGAGUAAAACAUUUUAAAACACCUUCUGUUUCAUACUAAGUAAGCUUCUGGCUUUCGUUCGGGCUGGUCAGGUGUUACUGAUAUGACAUAACCGGUGUACUGGCCCUAAACACUAGGGUCAGUGGGUCUGAUUGGCAUGAAAACAAACAUGACACUAUUUUGGUGGUGGGUUCAGGGUAUACGCGACAAGCAAUACUUAGCAAGUACUAUGAACCCAAAGCCACCCGUGCAAACCAUGCAGAAUUAUGACAUAAAAAUAAAAAGCAAUGUGGGAUUCGUCUCAUCAUUUUAUUACCGUCUCCUACUCAUCUUUAAGAAAGACAUUCAUUUGCCAUUGCUCUUAAUCUGUAUUAUUUGCUCUUGCGAUUUGGAGACCUGCGAUGAAUAAAGUGUUCCCUUCUAAUACCAUUCCGUUGACCAAGUGAUGUAAUGCUAGCUUGUGAUGGAAAGUGGCAUUCACUUCAUGGAAGAAAGCAUGGCGGCCAAGAAGGUGGCAUUCCAGGAACUGAUCUAUUUCUGGUAAACAGACUUGAUGAUAUUGUAUUCAUGCAUUUUAUGUGUGAACAGACACGUGAACAGGAUUGACGGGUCUUGUGUGAUUGAUCUUUUGAAAUCUUGACGUUACCGGUGGACGACUUUAGCUCCCCACCGACUUGUGAUGCAGGCAAUCCCAAUUCAGUGGUCGGCCUUCUCUUCCCAGUUUAUGGCGUCUGCCCUGGCAGGAAGGCUGGACCAGGCAGCGAAUCGAACUCCGUACGUCUGGUUUCCUAUACGCGCGGCUUAACGUAUGUUUCUCCACCUGUUUGGUACAGUCAAAAGGCAACCAAAAUAUGUUGUGUUUUACAAAUGCUUGUGCUCAUUGUUAUAGGCACCAAUCAUACCGCUUGAAGUUAUUCAGCAUAUCUCUAGCAAAGAUGGCAUGUUUAUACUGGAGAAGUAUAGUGGCUUCAGGUAAGAGCAUACAGUGUCCCAAUCUCAUCGAGCUAACAAGUGAUCCUUGUUGGUUGAUCAGUGAAUGGCACUCCUGCAUUGCGUUUCGUUUGGACAGCCGUGUGCCGAUUUUUAAGACAUUCAGUGAAAGACUGAAUGACUUGAGUGCUUCGUCUACGCGUUUCUUGGCAUAGCUCUUCGGAGCAUGAAUAAACCGAUAUAAACAUUGUUAUACUUACCUGAAAAUGAACAUGGGCGGUGCCGAGAUGGGAGGCAAACGGACUGCCCGAUCCCCUUUUUUCCAAAGACCUCGACAAAACCCAUGACCAAUAUGCGCUCCGUGGAAAACCCUACGACCCACGCGCCCAGCGGUCCAGCGACCGAUUACCCAACCAAGCAAAAGAUGGUAGUCAAUGGACUAUUUUUCCAGUGAACGCUCAAAGGACCAAUGCUAAAUUUUCAGAAACAUGUAGGUUUUAGCCCCUGCCCCUAUUCAUCCCCGGUUCUCUUACCCAUGCCUUGCAGUGGUGCAACCAAAGACACGUGAGCUAUGUAUACCCAUGCGCGUGCCCUGGGAAGGCGUGGCUUUUCGGCUAUGCUAGCAACCAGCCCUGACGUCUUCCAUGCUGAUGUGUUAUGAUCGUUAGGCGAGGGUAUGACUGUAUGAUAAAAAUAGCGUCAUGAAAUGUAAUGAAGCGGGUCUCCAGCGUGCUCCGGGGUCUCCUAAAUGCUUUCUUUCCUCGCGCAUGAGAAAAUGAUCGUAUAAAAUAAGAGCCAACGUUUAUUUGCUUGAUUUUACAAAUACAGAAUUCUCUGACUAUUCUUAAGGCCCCUUCUGGCCACUCCGGGACCCCUCAAGUUUUUCCGUGUGCAACUCCUGGCCACUAGUUAUCUUCUGCUUGCCUAAUUGGCGUACAUUCUCACAUUUCUCAACUUAUGUCAGAGUUCCUACAUGGGUUUCGAGAGAAAGAGUGCUUCCAAGCCUAAUCCGGUCAUAUUUUGAGAAAGGUUGGUACAUGGGCUAAAAAGCGUUUCUUAAAGCAUUGAAUGAAGCGUGAGCAGCAGCAUAAGCUCAGAGCAUCAGAUCGCACAAUGCCCUUUGAGAGUGGGUGUAGCAACCAAGGGUGAUUGUGCUCUGGGUUUAAAACUGAUCAUUGGUAGAUAUCGCCUAACAACAUAAUGUGUCAUGGUAUAGACUAUCUGUCAUUGCUGCAAAUCCCAACUGCUCUGCGCGGGAAAUUUGCUCAUUGCUUUGUUUCGUAACGUUUUGCAGCUUGUGUGUCGUCAUUGUUUUUUGCCUGCUUUUAGUUAAUUAUAAAGUGGUUCUUUUGUACUUCCAAGAUACCAGUCAUUACGAACAUUUUUGUUCCGUCCAUGAAAGAAACUGUUCAUAGAAAUCAUGAUCUUUGGUUUUCCUCUUUCAGUGGUGAGACAGAAAACUACAAGACGAAAACCAGCUUCAGAAGACGAUGAUGAGGAUUCGACGUUCGUGCCCGGCCCACAGCCAGCAACGAACAUGGACGAGGCGCGCGCGCGCGCAACCCCACGCGGCGCCGAAAGCACCAAGGGCUAUCAUGAUAAUGAUGCUUCUGGCCUCAUUCCUGAUGACGAUGAAGAUGAAGAUCCUACGUACCUCCCCGACCCACGGCCAGCAACGGACACGGAUGAGGACGAGGACCAGGGCAUGGACGAGGACAUGGACGAGGACGAUGACAAGGGCAAGUCCAAGGAUAUGGACGAGAACCAGGAUAUGGAGGAAGUCAAAGACAAGAAUGAGGACCAGGAUGAGGCCCAGGUAGUGGCCAAGAACAGCAGUAGGGCUUCCGGCGAACACAGUGUCUCUGUUGAAAAAUCUCCUAAAAAAAGAAAGCCAUCCCUAAAGCGGAACGUUUGUCCCUAUUGCGAUACCCUGCACACAACAUUUGCGUGCCAUCUUUUCCGGAAGCAUAAACAAGAACCCGACGUACUUGACGCGCUCGCCUUUCCAAAAGGAUCAAGGGAGAGGAGAAUUACUCUGGAAGGCACCAUUCAUAACGGCAAUUUCAAACAUAACUCUGCUGUUUUCCGAGAUGGGCGAGGAACGAUCGUCCCCAAGAGGCGUCCACCCCCAAAAUAUGAAUGUCAACGUGAAAGAUAUGCUGCCAUGUGGGAAAUAUCACGGUUUCUUUUCUCGAUGCAGCCUCUUUCGGCAUCGGUGCCACGCCCAUGGGAAAACUGCCUCUGGGGGCCGAGUCCAGUCCCAGGGAAGGUCCUUGCUGCCGUGCCACAGAGAUGCCGCGGCUGGCUUAGAAAACCUGAUGGCGAAGAUGCGAGACGAUAGUAUUUCGUCCACUUGCAGGCAGGAUGCCCUUAUGAUGGAGUUCGGGGCCCGUCUCUACACAAGACUGGGCCACGAGCGCUAUCAACAAGCACACAUCAGAGAACAAAUGCGGCAGCUGGGACGACUGCUGCUGGAGCUGAAUGCACCAAGCCCAGGAUCAGCUCUAGAGAUGUUUAUUCACCCCGCAAAGUUCAUGGAGGUGGCAGGCGCGGUCAAGAACCUGGCCGGUGUGAAGGAGGGCAAAUAUCAUAACCCAUCGCUUGCUCUCAGGCUUGGUUAUGCCCUCAGUGAAUGCGCGGGCGUACUGAAAACGCGCGGGAUCACCUACGAAGACGCCACCCUGAGGACGGCUGCGGACGAUUUCCUCCUGCUCUACCAACGAGAUUGGAAGCUACACGUGUCUUCUCGUGCGCUUACCACUCUCCAAGAAAGGAAGUGGAAUAAGCCCGUCGACCUUCCCCUCAAUGCGGAUGUUCAGAGUGUAACGAAGGAGGUGCAGGAUGAGUUGGUACAGGCUCAGCGGCUGUUGGAAGAGGAACGCUCUAUCAAGAACUAUGUUAAAUUGUCGGGGGCUGCGUUGGCAUCCAUCAUUUUGUUUAACCGGCGAAGGCCGGGAGAAGCGUCAAGGCUUACGGUCAGAUCAUACACUGAAAGGGACCAAACUCUCAAUGAAGAUGUCCUGCAGCACCUGUCUCCCUUAGAGCGAGAGCUAUGCCAUUCGCUGGGACAUGUAGUGGUUCGGGGCAAAAAAGGAGGCGAUGUGCCCAUCAUGCUGACAGCCACAAUGCGAGGGGCGCUUGAUCAGCUGAUCGCAGCGAGGAAAGACGUUGGGAUCCCUCUCGACUGUCCACACAUUUUCGUCAACAGCACAGCCCCAGAUGCGAGCACGCUCAUAGGCAGCGACUGCGUGCGGACAUUCGCGCGAAGGGCACGUGUCAACAACAUCACAGCCACGAAGUACAGAAAGCAUGUGGCCACUAUGCUGCAGGUGCUGCAACUGAGCGAGACCGAAAUGGAUAUCGUGGCCGCUUUAUGGGCCAUGACAUACGGGUCCACAGGCAGUUCUAUAGACUUCCCGAAAAGACGGUGCAUGCUGCCAAAGUGAGUAAAAUACUACUCGCGAUGGACAAAGGGAUCGGCGGAUUCGCAGCAGUGACGAUGUCGUCGAAGGUGGUCCCGCUCCCAGUGUCGACAUGAAGGACUGCGCCAGCAGUAUUGCCCCUGACGACAUGGGGGUGGAGAUGGAGGUGAAGAACGCUAAAGAGAUGGCUUCCGAUCCCCAAGCUGAAGCAGAAAACAGACCACCCAGGGGGCCAAGGAUUAGUGAAAGAAGGUCCAAAGCCAAAAGGAAGGUCGUGCUGUGGACUGAAAGAAAAAAGGAGGCUAUACAGAGGCGCAUGAAGCCAUUUAUUGGUUCUCUGAAGUGCCCAGGAAUGGCAGACUGCCUAGCGGCACUGAAGGAGGAGUCUGCACUGUCCCGGCGUUCCUGGAAGGAUGUUAAGUUCUGUGCAUACAAUGUGAUCCAGAAGCACAAGCGUGCCAUGGAAAUGUAGUUUCAGCUGAAAGCUUAGAGUGCUCCAUAUCUAGAUCCCCUGCUGCGUUGUGUGCAAUCGCUGCCUUGCGGUGGCAAUGUUCUUUUACCUGCAAGCUCGAGAGGCUCCGGACGUUCGAUCCUCUGUUAUGUUAUGUUGCAAACCCUGCUUUGCGGUGUGGUUGUUUGACCCGUUUGCAAACAAACUAAGGAAUAUUUUGCAAAAGAGUGUUUGUGGUGGACCGUUAUCGGAACUGAUGGAUUUGCUGGGUCGUCCUGCCCUCCCCAUAUGGAAAUAACACAAAAAACAAAAAUGAAUAGCAGAAAGCCCCCGUCGGGAGACCUCAACAUUGCCUUACAGAGUGCAGUGAAUGACCUAUGUCAAGAAGUUUGAAACCGAUUUUGUGACCCGCAUAGCUGACUGCCCUGACCUGCCCCAGAUCGUCGUCGAUCUGGACUCGUCGAUCAUCGUCGAUCAGGACUAUCGAUUGAUCGUGGUUGUCGUCAUCGUCUUCAUUGGGGCUUUACGACGCACUCACCUGCUGAGGUCAUAUGGCGUCGCCUGACACUCUAACCAAAGCAGUAAUUUGCUAUUGUGAUUGCUCUUCAUCUAUGCCGUGGGCUGGUCAGACAGGUACCGGCCAGGUACCGAAGACAGGGGUAAUGAAAAUACAUCAGCGGAAGAACUCGGAUUGUUGGAAAAUGCAAGGAGGUUCAGAUUUUUGUACUGUUCUCAUUUUACGCAUUAUUCAUGCUUUGAAGUCAACCACCUAAAUGUGAUGUAAUACCACAUAGUUUCGCAACUUUUAAUUCGCACACAAUGUUAUGCGUCCUGUCUUGACGAAGUUUUGGCGUCAACUUGUUGGAAAAAAUUUCGAACACAGACGAAGAGACAUAAUUUUGGACUGUAAUGACAACCAAGAACAAGGCAUAACAUGUAGCAUAAGAGUAGGCAUAAGAAGUGAAAAUCAUCUCUUGCAAACCGAAAAGUUGCGUGUAGCUCUUGCCAUGCGUCAAAUAUAACAUAAUAUAGUACAAUAUAAUACAAAUAUAGCAACAUAAUAGGAGCAUCACAUAACAUAUUACAAUAAAAUGCAAAUAUAGCAUUAUAUAAUGCAAUAUAGUGUGUAUAUAACAAUGAAAUACAAUAUAAUACAAAUAUGAAAUAAUAUAACACAUCAACAUAAAUAUCACGGCUCCUUCCAACACAAAGGAUGUGCAGGCAAACCAUCGGCAACCAAGUUCCAUUUCUCUAUCAGUUGGUUCGCCAACGUGACUGAACCGACGUUAUCACCCAAAUUCCCUUUCUUUCCAUGUCAUCAAUGAAGGCAGUUUAGAUACACCUUACAAUGCGGAGACCGGUCCCUAGCUUGAUAAGUGUAAGGCAUAUGACGCACCUUUGACGUCAUGUUAGCUGGUCCCCGCUUCGCAGCAUCCUACGGAUAUUGAUCCCUUAUUGCUAGACCUACGAAAUGCUUACCAUCGCACUCUUCGGGUGUUCAGCAGCACUAAGAUGUUAAUUUCGUAACGCUAGCUCAUGUUUAAGGUGUGUAAGUGGUCCCCACUCGGUAGUAGUCCAGCGCGGUCCCCACUUGGGAGGGCU